GCAACGUCCAUUGGUUUCACGCCAGGUGGCGACUGUAUCCGACAGUCACCGGGAUCAGGUUGAUCGGGCGACUUGUGCUAAGUUUUAUCGUUUACCACAUGUUGAUUAAUUAAAUAAAAAUACUGUAUCGUUGCCAAAAUCAUUGUUCAAGGCUAGCAGCACUCGUUUCUAAACUCCGUAGACGCGAAAUUCCAUAAAGGUGAUUCCCUACGUAAGAAGAACCGAGUUACGUCACGCGCUAGCAAGAUAUCGUGUAGUGUCGUGUCGUGUCGUGUCGGGUAGACACCGUAUUCCCCCGUACGUCUCCACGAAUGCCAAGUGUUCCUGCUUUCUUUGCUCGCAUUCUCGUGUCUGUCUGAACUCGAAAGUCACGCACGCGCUACACUUUCGCAAACGAGUGUUUAGGUAACCGUACCGUUCGCGCAUAACCUAGAAAACGAUCGUGAUUAAAAAACCUAAAAACGAUCGUGAAUGUUGAUAGUUGUUACGGCCAGUACGGCCUCCUGUCAAUCGUUUCGGGGUCGAACAAGAUUUCGAAUUCUGGUUUCCCGUAUUUAACGAGGAGACUGUAAAGAAACAAACACGCGUGCAACAAUUCAUCUCCCGUAGCGGGACGUGUUCGAUCGAAAUCAUAUUUUUUUGACGUUGAGCGGUCACCGGGAAAUUAGUCAAAAUUCCGGUCCCCACUAGGAAACGAGAAGGCCCGCAACAAAUCGGCGGCAGAAAUCCACCAACCAGUGGCGAAGAAUCCUCGUCUGGUGGCAAAAUGAAUAGCAAAAGAAAGAACCGUUCUAAUACUAAUAGAUCCCCGCGUGCUCGUGGUCCACAAGAGAGAUGUGUUGCUGCAGAAGGUGUAUAUAAUAAUGCUCAUUUCAUGCACGCGAUAACUAGUCAUGUGGGCAACAUUGUACAGAUUCAAACGCUAAAUGGUUCUAUAUACGAAGGUAUUUUUCGCACGUUCUCCAGCCAAUUCGACGUUGUCUUAGAAAUGGCGCAUCGAGUAGAAGAUUCUGGUAAAAUAAGCGUAGAAAGUGUAGUAGAAAAACUGAUUUUUAAACCACAAGAUAUUAUUACCAUGUCUGCCAAGGAUGUCGAUUUAGAGUACGCUAUACGCGAUACUUUUCAAACAGACACUGCAAUUAGUAAAUACAAUGGUGUGAUUGGUGAAAAAGAAUUGGAGCCUUGGGACGCUCCUCCAACUAUGAAUGGUGAUGACUUAGAAUUGGAUGGUACUACUAAUGGAUGGGAUGCUAACGAUAUGUUUCGCAAAAAUGAACAAAAGUAUGGAGUUCAAACAACAUAUGAACCAACAUUGGCCGCCUACACUUUACCGCUUCAAAGAAAAGAUACAAAGGAUUACAAAGAACAAGAACAAAAAGCUGCAGAAAUAGCAAACGAAAUAGAAUCACAACCAAAUCACAAAGCAAGAUUAGAACUUGAAAACGGCGAUGAAGAGGAAAGAUUUGCAGCUGUGGUAAGACCUAACGAUAAAUAUAUUCCUCCUCCGUUAAAGAAGAAGAACGGAAAUAGCGGAAAAUUGAUGAGAUCCAAUGAACCUCCGCCUUCGCCAGGACCGGCAUCAACCAAUAAAAAUAUUUUUAAUCAGCAACCUCCGUCCAACGUAAAUGUAAACAUUCCUUCAACUUCUAAUCUUCCCAUUGGAAUACAAAGUGGUCAUCCCUCUGUUCAACAUCCGGUGUCUAUAAAUAUGGGGAUGCCACCGAGCGGAGUGGUAGUUACAUAUAAUAAUCCUCCACCACCAUUCGUACCUCCACCAGCAACGCAACCACCACCUCCAGUGCCUGUGAUACAGCAGACACAACAACAAUCCCAAUCUACCCCUUCUGUACCGCAAGUGAGCUUUCCAUCGCAACAGCAAACUACGUCGUCUAAAAUAAAUACAGAGAAACGCGAACGCCCUGGUAGGCAGCAAGUUUAUCAAGCGGACAAAGCACCUCCAGCACCGUUUCCCCAAGCGAACGUUGCCACGUCCCAUCAACAACAACAAUCGUCGCAUCAGCAACACGUUCAGUUGCAACAACAAAAUUCAGUUGAGGGUCAACGAUGCGAGGUCGUUUCGCAUAAACCUGACCAUAGGAAGGUUCCAACUCCUCGCACCAGAGACGAACAACAUUCCGAAUUGCGACAGUUUGCUACAGACUUUAAACUGACAGACUCACAAUCGCAAGAUACACCAUCGGUAACAAGAAAACAACAUCAACAUCAACAGGAUUCUCACCCUACGUCGCAAAUUACUCAAACACAUCAUCAACCGUCACAUCAACAUUCGACAUCUCAACAAUCCCAACAACAACCACAAUCGCAACAACAACAUCCGAGUCCGCAACAGCAGCAGCAGCAACAACAACAACAACAACAACAGCCACAUCAAAAUCAAACGGUUCAAGAAGAAACUGUAGUGACUAGUAAACCACCGCCAGGACCGUUACCUGUAAGAUCGACAAGUCCACCGCAGCAGCAACAACAACAACAACAGCAGCAGCAGCAACAACAACAACAACAACAACAAACUCCAACAAAUACACCAGUUGCAUCGCAAUCACCACAAGAACCGGCUGUCGAUAAAAUUACAACGGCUUUUAAAAAGUCAACCUUGAAUCCAAAUGCUAAAGAAUUUAAUCCAAAUACUAAGCCCUUCACACCGCGAUCACCAAGUACACCGACACCCAGUAGACCACAUACUCCGCAAACACCUCAAUAUACUGGCGCAACAAUGCCUGCGACCGUAGUCAUGCCAGCAUACGUUAUGACCAGCCAACCACCGACUGCGUUCAGUCAACCUCCAGCUCAACCUGUGACAAGGUUCCGGAAGGGUCAGUAUCUAGUGCCAGUGAUGCACGCGCAACAUCGCGCGCAGGACUUAGCUUCUCAAAUGCAAGUAGUAGCAGCUACUGGCCAGCCUUUAAUGGCACCAGCUCCGCUACACCCACCAUUCCAGGUACCUUAUCCCGGGCAACCAACGUAUCAACAAAUGGUACGGAUGGUUCAGGCACCGCCACCACCACCUCACAUGGCAACACCUUACCAUCACCAUGACUCACCAGGGCCGCAGGCUCCUGGUAUUCAGUAUAUGGGUCCGCAUACGCAUCCUCAUCCACACGUCGCCCAACAACCACCGAGUCAAACCCCCUCUCCAGCCAAUCCCAAUCCACCUCACACACCAGGCACCUACAAUCCUCCUGGUACUCCGCAACCCACAUAUCCUCCACCACCUCCUCAAGGUCAUGCUCCAAGUUAUCCAAUAAUGUGUCCUAUAAUUCCUCCUCAUAUACCAAUACCGCCACAGCACAUGCCAUAUCUACCACCGCAGCCACCCCCUGGAGCGCAACAAACUAUACCAGUAAUUUUGCCGCACAAUCAGUAGUUGUGAUCUAAUAUGGACAAAGGAAGAAAGAACUAUUAGUAUUCUGCAGAAAUAGACUAAGGUUUAUAAAUUUAAGUUACUUUCAUGAUGGCGUUAGACACUUGAACGAAGCUUUCACUUAUUGCUUGCAGUCAACAUCGAUUUACGUAUAUACCUUUACGAGUAGCCAUGCAAGUUGCAUAUCCAUUUUAUCGAUAUUCUACGUAUUUCUUUUCUCGAUAACGACGAGUAUCUUUUUUAACAAAACUAAUGCAUCCUUUCAGACGAACUUAAGCAAAGAAGGGUAAUACGACGGAGAACAGCUUUUACGAAUAGAUUAAGAUAUCGUUGACGCGAAACAAAGUGCUAUUCAUCUUGAAAGUGACUUUUUUUUUCCUUUGAAAUAUGGGUUAGUUAAUCAUAAACUACCCGCAGUGAUUUUUUGUCCCUCAAAUAUUAUGUUUGAAUCCCAAUUUAAUACAAAGCAUGCUUCGAUGCAAUUUAUUAUCCAAGGCUAUGAGUUACUAAUUUUAAUGUAAUAUUUAAAAGGAACAAAGAGAUAAAAUCGUGAUUUUAAAGAUCGAUUUACAGUAAAAGGCGAAAUGUGAAUAGAAAAUCAGCAACCAAAUAUACGACGAAAGAAUAUAUUGAUAGGUUGUGCUUAAACAAUAUUACAUGAUAAUGAUAUAUCACAAAAAAGAAAAAUGAGGGACUGUAACUAUUACAAAAUUGAGGCACAUUACAACCACAAUAGCUCGCAUGACUUUGUAAACACUUGAUAAGCCAAAAUACAAUCUAUAAAGGUUGGUGCAGAGUGCUAUUUACUAGGCUGGUGUUGCGCGUUACCUUCGAAGAUCCAAUCUACUCCAAAUAAAAAGUUCUUUUUUACACCAAGAAAUUAUUGAAACGAUAUCAAAGAGAGUAGAGUACAUGGCAUAUUUUUCUGCUCGUGCUUUCGUACGUAACAGUUCACUGCAAUGAGUGGAAAGCAUGGAAAUAGAUUGAUACGAUUCUUCUAAAUUUAAACAAAUUGCAUUUAGUUCUACGAUACUGAAAGACAAUGGCGAAAGAAUUAACAAGCAGUUACAAAUUUCGCAAUUUGUUAACAAUGGGUUUUGUUAUGAGAUAUUGAUGCGCAAGAUCCUCGAAGCGGAGACUAAGUUGAAUUAAAGAAAAUGUAAGAACAAAGAGAGAGAGAGAGAAAACGAGGUUCGAAAUGACCAAUUGUGACAGAAAAGCAUCUGUGUAUGUGUUAAGAGAGGUGAACAUCCUGUAUUCAAAAUUUAAUUAUUAAACGCUCGGAGGUUGGUAGCAUAAAGUUCUGAUAUCACACACACGAAUACAAUAAUAUUCACCACGUUUACAUCUUUAUCCAAGUAGAUGCCAAACUGAUCUUCACGAUACGAAUCAUAACUUCACGAGCAAUAUAUUAAUGGAAAAUUCUAUCCCUAUCAGAUUAUAUUUGAAUAUACAAGCCAACUUUAGAACCAAAUUUAUAUUCCGUACAAAGUGCUUAACUUAUAAUUUAGUUCUCCUUAGAACAAAUAUACAUUAUGAUUCAAGAAACACCGGUGAGAAUUUAAAUUUGCCGCGUAAACUGUGGGGAAUGUGUUGUAUCAAAGACUCAAAAUUAUUGAAAGAAUUAAUUUAAUUAUGUAUUUUCGACAUAUAAACGAAUACUUUCAGAUGCUAUGGUAUUGAGAAAGACACGUUGAAUUACGGCCUUAGACCUAGUCGUGUAUAUAAGAGAAACGAAGGACAGAACGAUCCUUAACUGUGAGAUAGUUGAGUGCGUGGCAUCGUUAGACACAAAUUUUAUAUCGAAGAGAUUUAAAAAAAAAAACAUCAAAAUAAAGUCAAUGCGUUAAAAGCCAACUUA